UUAGGGUCAACAAAUCAUAUCUUAUUCUUAUGUUUUUGAAGUUUUUAGAUAUAUACUAGUAUAUGUUUUGUGAUUGUAUUGAAAUCAAUAAUGAGUAUAUUUAAUACAGUGAAAUAAAUAAAGGUCCCACAAUAGUUUCGCAUCAAGACAACUCAUAUGUGUUUUUAAAUGUAUUGUUUCAUAAUUUGUUCCUUCCCAUUACACUAUUGACAAAUCCAUGUACCAAACCUAAAAAACCUUGUGUCUUUAAAAUCCCAUUAUCAGCUGUUUCUGAGUCGACCAAGUUUUUUUUUUUUAUGGUCCUCUCCCUCUUUUCUUGUUUUUAUAUACUUUUUUCACUCGAUUUGUUCAAAGUCUUCUUUCUUCUUCUUCCUUUUUGUUAACAUUAUUGUCUACAUGUUUUGAGAGCGAUGUUGUCAAUAUUUAUUAAGAGAUUAGUCAAAUCUUUGUGUAGACCACAUGCUUUUUUUCUCUUAAGAUAAUUUUUGAGGUACAAUCAGAAAAAAACAGAGGAAGAGGUAAGAGGAUCUUUGUGGGUUUUGAAGAUGAGUUCAAGAACUGGAGCCUUUAUGCUUCUGAUCUUGCUUUUCUUCCACAUUUGUUCUGUAUCUGCGCUCACAAAUACUUUAGACUCUUCUGCUUUAAGUGGCCUGAAGAGCGAAUGGACCAGUUCUCCUGAUGGUUGGGAAGGCUCUGAUCCUUGUGGAACCAAUUGGGUUGGGAUUAAAUGUCGAAAUGACCGCGUCAUUUCAAUAUCACUAGGUAACCUUAACUUGGAAGGAAAGCUUCCUGCCGAUAUUUCGUUCUUGUCUGAAUUGGAGAUCUUGGAUUUGUCAUACAAUACUGGAUUGUCCGGACCACUUCCACCAAAUAUCGGCAACCUUAAGAACUUGAAGAGCUUGAUUCUUGUGGGAUGUAGUUUCAGUGGUGAAAUCCCUGAGUCCAUUGGUUCUCUAAAAGAACUUAUAUAUCUCUCCCUGAAUUUGAAUAAGUUUAGUGGAACGAUUCCAGCUUCCAUUGGACGGUUAUCAAAACUAUAUUGGUUCGAUAUAGCUGACAAUCAGAUCGAGGGAGAGCUUCCAGUUUCUAAUGGGACUUCUUCACCUGGACUUGACAUGCUUCUUGCAACUAAGCAUUUUCAUUUUGGGAAAAACAAACUGUCGGGAAAGAUCCCAAAAGAACUUUUCAGCUCAAACAUGACUUUGAUACAUGUACUCUUGGAUGGAAACCAAUUCACAGGCGAAAUCCCUGAGAGCCUUGGCCUCGUUAACACGUUGACCGUGUUACGCCUUGAUAGGAACAGACUAAUUGGAGAGAUUCCUUCAAGUCUUAAUAAUCUUACAAGUCUAAACGAACUGUACUUGGCCAACAACAAAUUUACUGGUAGUCUUCCAAAUUUAACCGCCUUGACCAAUCUCUACACAUUGGAUGUAAGCAAUAACACUUUGGAUUUCUCACCCAUUCCUUCAUGGAUCUCCUCAUUACGCUCCCUGUCAACAUUAAGGAUGGAAGGGAUCCAACUCACAGGUCCAAUACCAAGUUUUCUCUUCAGCGCUACUCAGUUGCAGACUGCUAUCCUAAAACGCAAUCAGAUAAAUGAAACAUUGGACUUUGGUACCGACUUUAGCAACCAGUUGGAGUUUGUGGAUUUACAAUACAAUGACAUAUCUGAGUAUAUACAACCAACUAAGAAAGAACUUCAAGUAAUAUUAGCAAAUAACCCAGUGUGCCUAGAGGCGGGAAACGGACCGAGUUACUGCUCAGCAAUACAACACAAUACCUCUUUUUCUACACUCCCAACAAACUGUUCUCCCUGUGAACAAGGCAUGGAAGCGAGUACCACGUGCCGCUGUGCACAGCCAUUCAUGGGAACACUCUACUUCAGGUCUCCUUCCUUUUCAGGGUUGUUCAACUCCACCAACUUCUUAAUCCUACAGAAGGCAAUCACGGAUUUCUUUAAGAAGUAUAAUUAUCCUGUAGACUCCGUGGGUGUCCGGAACAUUAGAGAGAAUGAAACUGAUCAUCAGCUUCUUAUAGAUCUCCUGGUCUUUCCAUUAGGCAGAGAGAGUUUUAAUCAGACAGGAAUGUCACUUGUUGGUUUUGCGUUUAGUAACCAGACUUAUAAGCCUCCUCCUAUAUUUGGCCCUUACAUUUUUAAAGCUGCUCUGUACAAGAAGUUCUCUGAUGUAGAAGAAGGUUCCAAGUCAGCAAACAUGGGCAUUAUUAUUGGAGCAGUAGUUGGUGCUAUUGUUCUUCUACUGUUGUUAACUAUAGCUGGGGUUUACGCUCUCAGACAGAAAAAGAGAGCAGAGAGAGCAACCGAUCAAAAUAAUCCUUUUGCCAAGUGGGAUACGAGUAAGAGCAGUAUUGGUGCUCCACAGCUAAUGGGAGCAAAAGCCUAUACUUUUGAAGAGCUGAAGAAAUGUACAGACAACUUUUCAGAGGCAAAUGAUGUUGGGGGUGGAGGUUAUGGCAAGGUGUACAGAGGUAUUCUUCCAAAUGGGCAACUCAUAGCAAUCAAAAGAGCUCAACAAGGAUCUUUGCAAGGAGGGUUGGAGUUCAAAACUGAGAUUGAGCUUCUUUCAAGGGUCCAUCAUAAGAAUGUUGUCAGACUCUUGGGAUUCUGCUUUGAUAGAAGUGAACAAAUGCUUGUCUACGAGUACAUUUCAAAUGGGUCUCUUAAAGACAGUCUCUCAGGAAAGAGUGGGAUUAGAUUGGAUUGGACAAGAAGGCUUAAAAUAGCACUAGGUUCAGGCAAGGGCUUGGCUUAUCUUCAUGAGCUUGCUGAUCCUCCAAUUAUACACAGAGACAUCAAAUCAAAUAACAUCUUACUUGAUGAAAAUCUUACUGCAAAGGUUGCUGAUUUUGGCCUUUCCAAACUUGUGGGAGACCCUGAGAAAACUCAUGUGACAACACAAGUGAAAGGAACCAUGGGCUAUUUGGAUCCUGAGUACUACAUGACAAAUCAGUUGACAGAGAAAAGUGAUGUGUAUGGGUUUGGGGUGAUGAUGUUGGAGCUAUUAACCGGUGAAAUUCCGAUAGUGAAUGGUAAAUAUGUGGUGAAAGAGGUGAAGAUGAAGAUGAAUAAAUCAAAGAAAUUGUACGACCUACAAGAAUUGUUGGACACUACCAUCAUUUCAACCAACGAGAAUCUUAAUGGAUUCGAAAAGUUCGUAGACUUGGCUCUAAUAUGCGUGGAUCAAGAAGGAGUGAAGAGGCCAUCGAUGAAUGAGGUUGUAAAAGAAAUUGAGUACAUAAUGCAACAUGCAGGAUUAUAUCCUAACGUAGAUUCAGCUGCAAGUUCAAGAACGUAUGAUGAAGCAAGCAAAGGAUCCGGGGAUCUUUAUAGAAACAACUCGUUUGAGUAUAGUGCAAGUUUCCCAACUACAAAACUCGAACCCCAUUGAUUAGU